AUGCGACGAUCCACGGAGCACAAAGGCAAGAAGGCUACAGUUGAGUGUACAGUUGAAGAGCGCAACUCGGUGCACGAAGCGGCUGAUUUUCUGAUCCAGCAAGGCUUGAAAGCAACUCCGACUGCAGUUCACAUUCGUCUUGCACAUGAAAAGAAGCCCCGUGUCCCGGACAAUGUGGUCAGAGGCAUAUUGCGCUGGCGGAGAAGGAAGCUCGGCUUCACCAGCUGGAAAUGCUUCGAGAGUGAAGGCUCCUUUCGUGCCAUGGCGGCCGAGAGGCAGGACCCAGACCACGGUGAGCUUUGCUUUGCACAUAUGGAUAUUGGUCCAGGUAGAUUCACGUGGAUCUGUCUCUUGGUGCCCUUCUUUGCAGCACUCCAGCAGGCCCACGAGCAGGGAGGUUUGCAGCCAUGGUGUUAUGCUAUUUUGGCAUGUGUGGUGAUGCGGAAACUCGACGGGAGAUGGCGAAGAAGUUGCCUUCCUUUGAUAUGCGUCUGUUCUCGCAGAGAAACGGGCGCCGUCUACGAGCAAGCUCUGGAAUGCUUGCGCAAAGAAUGCGAUCGCCGCCAAAUCCCUGGCCCAAGUCAAGUUUGCUUUGACUGGUUUUCUGGCGCGGCCACAGCAGCCGAGAGAAUUUUCCCGCGAGUGAGAAUUGCCCAGGGCCUUUGGCAUCAACGCCGAAAUAUUCUCAAGAACCAAAACGCUGGGAAGAGAGUAAGAGCAGCUGAGGCCGAGGGUGCGCCCAGAAAGCGUACAAAGUCGGGAAAAUUGAAGAAGAUCUUCCACGUUUGGCAGGAACCAGAGUGGGUGCAGUACUACCGCAGCCAGUACAUGCGGCAAGUGCCGACACAGGAUAGUGAGAAAGAAGGAGUCGGGCAUUUCCUCACCUCCACGUGGUGGUCGGGCCUAGGCAGCAGACUACUCCCAGCGAGGCCAGCCACACAACAGCCGAUAGAGGCGUUCCACGCAUUCUUCAAACGUUCUCUGCGCUCGCAGCGGGUGCUGGAAUCUCACACAGACGUGGUUCUGGCCCUUGAGGACAGUGUUCGCGCCUGGUCGUCCCCUCUUAAAGAGAACGAAGAACUUGGGUCGAAACUCACGAGCCUCAUGGGGCCUGCGGAUCCGGAUCUCAUGUCGUUCCAGCGGCCCAAGAAUCCGGAUAGCUGGAUGAUGGAAAAGGGACAGGUGCUCAGAGCACCAUUCGGCAAACUGAGGUUUUAUGCCGGCAUUCCUGCUCUGGUCAAGCGGCUGAAACUGCCGAACACAAGGCCAGGGCUGAGCUCAAGUUAG